CUUCAGGAUCCAAGUCUUCCUGUAGCUUUUAUUCCAGUCAUACCCUAACCUAUCUAUUCCUAAUACAUUAGGUCAUCAAAUUAAAGUUUAAAUGUGGCCUAAUUUUUUUUCCUUGCGGAUACUCCCAACAGCGAAAGGCAUCCAGAAAAAAUUCAUAGGACCAGACGACUAUUUUCUCUGUGCGUUGACUGAGAAAUAGACUGCUUGAGGAUAUAUAUUAAAAAGAAGCAGAAUGGGAAAGGCAAAGAAGACUCGGAAGUUUGCGCAGGUGAAGCGGGUGAUGUCCAGCAAGGAGGUUGCAAAGAAAGUACAGAAGAAGGCUGAACCUGAGAAGAAGUUGAAGGACUCUGAACUGUUGAAAGAAGUUCCACAAAUGUCCUCCGCUCUCUUUUUCCAAUACAACCAGUCCCUCACGCCACCCUACCAAGUCCUGAUCGACACCAACUUCCUCAACUUCAGCAUCCAAAAGAAAGUCGAUCUCUUCCGCGGCCUCAUGGACGCGCUCUACGCGAAAUGCAUCCCAAUCAUCACCGACUGCGUCAUGGCCGAAUUGGAGAAGUUGGGGCCCCGGUAUCGGAUCGCGCUGCGGAUAGCCCGUGACGAGCAGAUUGAGAGGAUAACGUGCAGCCAUAAGGGCACGUAUGCGGAUGACUGUCUCGUGCAGCGGGUUAUGCAGCAUAAGUGCUAUAUCGUCGCGACAAACGAUGCCGAUCUCAAGCGGAGAUUGAGAAAGAUUCCCGGUGUGCCGUUGUUGAGCGUCGGAUCGCAUUCGUAUGUCGUCGAGCGGUUGCCGGAGGUGUUUUAGAUGCGUGCUUCUUCUUAAUUGUAUCUUCAUUUUUGUUUAUGGGAUUAUGGGAAUGGAUUUUGUUUUCGGUUUAAAAAAUACAUUUGAUCAUUACACAAG